AUGUGCCUGCAGCGUCGCAAGCGCACGCUCGUGGGCAAGAAGAGCUUCAGGUGUGAUCUCUGUGGUUUUGAGUUCAACAAGAGGUACAAGCUGCGCAAUCACAAGAAAGCACACAUGAGUGCGGGGCUAUACCAGUGCACCUUCUGUCCUGCACAGUUCAGGCAAAGCGCGAUGCUGAAUCAUCACAAGCAAAAACAUACAGGCGAGAAGGCCUAUAAGUGUGACCUCUGUCCUGCAGGGUUCAGUCAUAGCUCUAGCCUGUAUGUCCACAAGCGGACACACACGGGCGAGAAGCCCCAUAAGUGCGAUCUCUGUCCUGCAGAGUUCAACAAGAGGUACGACUUACAGCGUCACAGGAGAACACACACGGGAGAGAAGCCAUACAAGUGUGACGUCUGCCCUGCGGAGUUCAGCCGCAGCUCGAUGCUGUUGCGCCACAAGGGGACGCACAUGGGGGACAAGCCCCAUAAGUGUGAUCUCUGUCCUGCAGAGUUCAGCGAGAGGGCGGACCUGCGGUCUCACAGGCGAACACACACGGGAAAGAAGCCAUACAAGUGCAAUGUCUGCGCAUUGGAGUUCAGCCACAUGAAGAGUCUGUCACAUCACAUGCGAGAACACACAGGCGAAAAGCCCUAUAACCCUGUAUCCACACGAGUCAGUUCUCUGCCGGCAGCAAGUCGGGAAGGAGUGAGAGGAUAUCCGACAUAA